AUGGGCAACCACAGAGUUGCAGUCAUCGGUGCUGGCCCCUCUGGCUGCAUGCUCGCCAGACUGCUUCAUCUCGGCGGCACCGACGUCACCGUCUUCGAAGGAGAGGCCUCACCGGACUUCCGCUCACAAGGUGGAACACUGGAUCUGCACACCGCUACCGGUCUCGCAGCUCUGAAGGAAGCCGGCCUCUUUGAAGAAUUCCUCAAGUAUGCUCGGUAUGAUGGGCAGUAUAUGGCCAUUGUCGACAAGAACCUCGAGUACCACCUCGUGCGCAACGCCGAUAACAAACUUGCUACCAAUGUCGAGGAGCGCCCUGAAGUCGACCGCUCCAAGCUCCGUGAGAUUCUUUCCCUUUCACUCCCGGAGGGAAUGAUCAAAUGGGGCCACCACCUCAAGAGCAUUGACGGGCGCAAACUUGUAUUUGAGCACACUACCGUUGAUGGCUUCGACCUCAUCGUCGGCGCUGAUGGAGCAUGGAGCAAGGUCCGCAAAGAGCUAGCACCAGAGAUCAUGCCCGUGUACACCCGCAUUGCCAUGCACGAACUCGAGAUCCCUGAUGCCGAGAAUGCUGCUCCUGACGUUUACAAGUUGGUUAACCGGGGUAGCGUUUUCGCCAGUACUGAUGGCGUGCGCUUGUCUAUACAGCAGAUGGGCGACGGAAGCUUGAGUAUGUACGCCAGCUUCGUCCGCGAGGAGGAGGACUGGAUGAAGCCGGAAAAGUGCGGCUACAAUGCGUACGACCAACAGGAGACCAUCGCAACGCUUUUGGGCAGCACAUUUGCAGACUGGAACCCAACCCUACGGGAGGCCUUGGAGCAGGCGAAAGGCAGAUGCAACCCUCGAUCGCUGUACAUGCUGCCGGUUGGUGCCAAGUGGACGCAUAAACCGGGCUUCACUCUGAUCGGCGACGCGGCACAUCUCAUGACGCCGUAUGCGGGUGAGGGAGUGAACCAGGCUCUCGAGGACGCCAUGCUUCUGGCAAGGACAAUCAACGAGGCUAGGUCCAAGACCACUGAUGAGUUGGACAAGGAGAUUGUUGAAUUUGAAAACACCAUGCUAACCCGUGUCACCAAAGUCCAGGCACUGGCAUACGGGCUCCUCCAGGACUGGAUGUUUACGCCCGGAGCGCCCAAGUCUGUCAUGGCCAAGUCGAUGAGCCGGCAUGUUAGGCAUAGGCUGCCGUGGGUGCUGCACCCACUGGGAACGGCGACUGUGUAUGGCUACUACUUCUUGCGGGGACUUUUGGGCUGA